ACGACAACAAGCAUGGCUCCCAAGCGCAAGGCCACUUCGGUUGCGACGACACCCAACAAGAAGUCGGCGCGUAGCAACUGCGGCGCGAUCAGUCCCGUCGCCGCCAAUGCGCUCGCAGCGCUCGGCAUCGCGCAGUCGACGCUGCUACGCGCUGCAUCCCUCGCCCUUGUGAACGUGAGCACCAACAUGGACAAGUACUACGAGCUCCAAUUGCUUGCUGCUGGCACCGAUCACUACUUGUUUGUGCACUGGGGCCGCACGGGCACGGCGGGCCAAUCUCAGCUUCUCGGGCCGCAGUCUCUCGACGCGGCGACCGCGGACUUUGACGCCAAGUUUCUCAGCAAAACGGGCAAUGCGUACGCUCCAUCACAGCCGUUCGUGCGCGUCGCGGGCCGCUACGACUUGCUCGCGGUGCAGGAGGCGUCGGCCACGGGCGUCUGGGAGUACUACGUCAGCGACGGCGUCGACGGCAAAGCCACCGCCUGGUAUCCGUAUGUCGACGACGCGAUCGAGCGCAUGGAGCUCCUCUGGCAAACCUUCCAAGCCAACGAAGGCUACACACAGCGCAUUGUCCAGUCCGGCUACUGGUCGUACCUGAUUGACUUGGUGCAAAUGACCCAAACCAACAUCCAAACCAACAAGAAGCGCACGAUUCGCCGGUCCGCGCCCAUCCUUCCGAUGGCGCCCACGAAGAUGGACAAGAAGAUGCCAACGACCAAGUCGUUGCACUCGUUCUCCGUCGUGUCGAUCGACGGCAUGGACCUCGACGUGAACCUCGCGCUCAUCGACAUUGAGGCGGGGCGCGACGACUUUAUCGACCUGACGCUUGUCGAAGCCAGCGGCAGCACGUACCUCUGGACCAUCACAGGCAGCUGCGGCGAGCGCACGGGCGAGACGUUUGACGGUCCGUUUGACCGCAAAGAGGGCGAAGCCCGGUGGAAGGCGGCGUACUUGGAAGCCACGGGCCACGUCUUUGGCAGCGGCCCCUUUGUCCGCGUCGACGGCAAGUACGACGUGCUGACGAUGCCGGAUGACUGGGUCGUCACGGAGGGCAACCUCAAGACUUACGUUUUGGUUCCCCUCGGUACCUUGCUCCAGCGCGACGUGGCGGCCGACCUCUGGGCAUGGUACCACCACAACCCAACCUACUCGAAGCGGCUCAUGACAUUUGACCAUGUCGUCUACUGCAUCGACUUUGAAAAAUGACGGCGGCGUCGGUCAUCAACCCCGCGGUCGCGUGGAACGUUCUCAAGAUGACGGCGCUCAAGUGAUAAGGACACUUGAUGUCUAUAUUUCAACCACCAUUUUUUAACUAAAUUGCAUCUUUCUCCCCAUCAUGUUUGCC